UUUCAGACCUGGUCCAACUGGAAGUCCAUUUCUACUCAUCCUAGGUGAGGUGGUUAUUUACCAGUGGAAUGUUCCAGAGAGAUCUGGCCCUGGACCUAACGACUCUGCCUGUGUUUCCUGGAUCUAUUAUUCUUCAGUGGAUCCCAUAAAGGACAUGUAUAGUGGCCUUGUGGGACCCUUGGUCAUCUGCCGAAAAAGCACUCUGGAACCCCAUGGAGUACGAAGUGAUGUGGAUCAGGAAUUUGCUUUGUUAUUUUUGAUCUUUGAUGAGAACCAGUCAUGGUAUCUGGAGGAAAAUGUGGCAACUUAUGGACCCCAAGAGCCAGGACUUGUUAACCUACAGGAUGAGACUUUCUUGGAGAGCAAUAAAAUGCACGCCAUUAAUGGGAAAGUUUAUGCCAACCUCAAGGGUCUUACCAUGCACCAAGGAGAACGAGUGGCCUGGUACAUGCUGGGCAUGGGCCAAGAUACUGACAUACACACUGUCCACUUCCAUGCAGAGAGCUUCCUCUAUCAGAAUGGACAGAGCUACCGGGCAGAUGUUGUGGACUUGUUUCCAGGGACAUUUGAAGUUGUGGAGAUGGUCACCAGCAAUCCUGGGACAUGGCUAAUGCACUGCCAUGUGACUGACCAUGUCCAUGCUGGCAUGGAGACCCUCUUUACUGUCUUGCCUCAAAAAGGUAAGCCCUAACUCCCUAAGAUGUGUCAUCUCCUAACAUUUUAGCCCAUAGGAAUCAGAUAAUCCCAAGAAACCUCUUGAACCUCUGCUUCAAUCUCAAAAGAACCAGAUGUGCAGAGUAUGUCCCCUCCCUAGGCAUUUCUCCAGCAAUAGUUCUCAUUUGUCCUCUUGAAACAUGCCCAUCUCCUGAUUACUUUGAUAACUAUUGAGCUACCGUGGUCUAAAACUGAUUAAGCUCUAUGCCUAGUGUAGGGUUACACCUUUUUCUAUUUAUCUUGAAAUUUAUUAUUUUAAGUGCUUUAGAAGUAUUGCUCAAGAGCUCUUUUUUUACUCCAUUUUUUUUGUGCC